AUGGACGAUAUUGGGUUAACAUCAUCACGAACGGUUAUUAAACCUGUUUGUUCACCCUUAAAUAAUAGUAGACAACGAAUAGAUUCUGCAUCUGUUAUACAACAAGCGGAUGUCUCAUCAUCAAGACCAGCGUUGUUGGCUUAUGAUGCACUUGGACCACUACUUUUUGAGGCUCUCGAUGGAUUUUUCUUUACAAUAAAUCAUAAUUCUGAACUUGAAUUUGUCAGUGAUAAUGUUGGACAAUAUUUAAAAUUUUCUCAAGAAGAGCUUGCCGGAAGAAGUCUAUAUCAUUUUGUACAUCCAAAUGACAUUGGCGAAUUUAGUAAAGCUUGGGCAAAAAAAGAUGCCGGUGAUUGUUUAGCAGCACUUAUUAAUAAUAAUGAACAACAAACAAUUCAGUCACGUGGACGUACAUUUCAUUGUCGUAUGCGAACAAAUGAUGAUGCUACACCAUAUGUUCGUAUGGUUAUAUCUGUUGCACUUCAUCGUGAUUCAUUAGGUAGUGAUAAAACAUUUUUAAUAUGUAUUGCUAGACGACCAUCAUUAAAUGAUCCAAAUGAUAAACCAUCAUUACUUGGUUUUGACCAAUUUUCAUCACGAAUUAAUCUAAAUUAUGAUAUUGAAAAUUUAGAUUCAAGUCAUAUGAAAAGUGAAACAAUUGAUAUGAAUUUUCAUGGAAAAAAUUUUCGUGAUUAUGUUUAUAGUCAUGAUAUUCCAUCAAUUGAACGACAUUUUGAAGAAGGUAAGAUAUAUAUGAUCAUUUUAUUGUUCGUAUUAUUAUUUCUAUGUCAAAAAAAAAAAGAAAAAUUAUCAUAA